AUGACCAUUAUCACUGAAAGUAAAAGUAAAAGAAAAUCCCAAAUUUUGAGUUGUUACCAGAACAGUAAUAGAGGGGAAGUCUAUUACAAGGUCUAUUGGUGGAGAAAUAAAAAUUUAUUUUGCCUCUUAAAGCAUUUAAUCAAUAUCUUAUGUGUGUUCCCCACAUUUCCAGCUGAAAACCUCCUCUUCUGGGAGGCCUGUGAAGAAUUAAGGUACGGAGAGCAGUCGAAAGUGACAUCCACUGUGCAGUCUGUAUAUGAGCAGUUUCUGGCCCCUGGAGCGACGCGCUGGGUAAACAUUGACAGCAAGACAAUGGAAAAGACACUAGAAGGUAUAAAGAACCCACAUCGGUAUGUGUUUGAUGAUGCCCAAAUGCAUAUCUACAUGUUGAUGAAAAAGGUGGGUUCUCACAAGACACCGGCACUGCUACUUCAUUUCGCAACAACAUUCCCAGCAUUCAUUUAUUCUAGUGAGGCAAACAGGCUUUGA